AAAAAAAUAAAAAUGGCCAAUAAAAAGCAGCUAUUUGAAAAAGUGAAGGCGACUGGCACAGGGGCACACAUCAUUCUUCAGAAAUCAAUCGGAUACUUUUCCGGUUUGAACCUCUUGCUGGGUAUUAUUGUAGGAUCUGGGAUCUUUAUUUCCCCUGCCGGGGUGCUCAGGUAUUCCCGUCUCAACGUCGGGGUGGCCCUGUCCAUAUGGGCGGCCAGCGGAGUGAUGUCCAUGCUGGGCGCCUUGUGUUACACAGAACUGGGGACGGCCCUUCCAUCUUCCGGUGGAGAUUAUUACUACGUGAAGAGAGGACUGGGACCUUUUCCAGCUUUCUUGCUUCUGCUUGUUGACAUCAUUCUCUGCAUGCCAGUAGCUACAAGUAUCAAAGCCAUCACCUUCGCAGAGUACGCCACCAAGCCCUUCUACACCGACUGCCCCACUCCUGAAAUGGUGAAGAAAGUGAUUGCCAUGGCCGUGGUGAUCAUUCUAACUGCUGUGAAUGGUGUCACCAUCAAAGGGGCACUCUGGGUGCAGAAAAUCUUCACCAUCCUUAAGAUGCAGUGCUUAGUCCUCAUAGCCAUUGGUGGACUCGUCGAGAUGGCGAAAGGAAACACAAAAAAUCUGGAGAAUGCAUUUGAUGGAGAGGUGCCCACCGUGGCGCAGAUUUGCCUGGCUUUCUACCAAGGACUGUUUGCAUAUGGGGGCUGGAAUGGACUGAACAAAGCCGAAGAAGAGGUAAAGAACACCAGCAAGAAUGUGCCUCGUUGCAUCAUAACAGCGGUGCCUCUUGUGAUUGUCUUCUACUUGCUAGUGAAUAUCUCCUACAUGGCCGUGUUGACCCCAAAAGAGAUGGUCUCUUCAGCUGCAGUGGCUGUCACAUGGGCCAACAAAACCAUUGGCCCUUUCUCCUGGAUCAUUCCACUUUCUGUUGCCAUUUCUACCUUUGGCUCCAUCAACGGCUCUAUGUUCCUCCAAGCCCGGCUCAAUUACGCCGCUAGCAAAGAGGGACAUUUGCCAGCCAUCUUGUCCAUGCUGCACAUCAACUAUCUAACACCAGCUCCAGCCAUUAUCUUUUCUAGCAUCUUGUCCAUCAUUUUUAUUAUUCCUUCAAAUUUGUCCUUGCUGAUGAUCUACAGCGGGUUUGCCUCCUGGCUCAUGGUGGGACUCACUUGUAUAAGUCUGAUUGUUCUCCGGUUCAGGGAGCCCAACCUCCACAGGCCUUAUAAGGUCUUUCUACCGUUUGCAUUUGUGAUGGCAGCUGCCAGUUUCUUCCUCGUCCUUUCUCCGAUUAUCCAGGAACCCGAAGUGGAAUAUAUCUACGGUGUGCUGCUCAUGCUGUCGGGAUUCAUAUUCUACAUACCAUUUGUGCAUUUCAAACUCAAAUUUCGUAUCUUUGACCGGAUCACGAGUUAUAUUCAAUUGCUCAUGGAGGUGUCCCCACCAGAUUCAACAAGUGAAUCCAAAACCCACUAAAUUUUUAAUUCACAAGUCACUGUAACAUUGGAAAUUUUGACUCUGAUUGAAUAAUGAAAGCAGUAAUAAUGCAUAAAGCACACCAGA